GCCAUUUUGACUAUUAGAACACAAAGAUCGGUGCAAUUCUGUUCCUAUUUGAGUAACUGUUAUUCCAUCAGUCCCUGUGAAAAUCUUUAUAUUUCUAGUUGCAGGUAUCAGAUUGAAGCAAUAACUUGGUCAUAAUGGCAGAGUUCAACUCCACACAUACACUUUAUACUGAAGACCCCACCCCUGAUAUGGAGUCCACUGUAAAGAAGGAGCCACUUGGGAUUUCUGACUCUGAAGAAGAAAACCAACAGCUGUUGAUAGUGAAGAAGGAGAGGAGCGAUUUUGAACCCCAUUCAAAUAUUCAGAACGAUACUGAAAAAUUACAGAACUAUUGUUCAGAUGAAGAUCAAACUGGAAGUUUAGAAAGACACAUCAACACAGAUAGGGAAAAAGAAGUCUGGUCAUCCAAUUCAAAGAUUCAAACUGAGGCUGCAGACAAACCUUAUAAAUGUGAUAUGUGUGAAAAGGCAUUCAACUGGCCAGGAAAACUACAGAUGCACAUGAGAACACAUACUGGUGAAAAACCUUAUAAAUGUGAUGUUUGCGGGAAGGCAUAUAAACAGACAAAUCACCUACAGGAUCACAUGAGGACACAUACAGGUGAUAAACCUUAUAUAUGUGACAUGUGUGGGAAAUCAUUCAACAGAUUAAAUAGUUUACAGAGGCACAUGAAGACACAUACAGGUGAUAAACCUUAUAAAUGUGAUGUGUGUGGGAAGGCAUUCAGCCAAUCAUGUCACUUACAGGCACACAUGAGGACACAUACUGGUGAUAAACCUUAUAAAUGUGAUGUGUGUGGGAAAGCAUUCAGUCAGUCACAACACUUACAGAAACACAUGAGGACACAUACUGGUGAUAAACUUUAUAAAUGUGAUGUGUGUGGGAAAGCAUUCAGUCAGUCACAACACUUACAGAAACACAUGAGGACACAUACUGGUGAUAAACCUUAUAAAUGUGAUGUGUGUGGGAAAGCAUUCAGUCAGUCACACCACUUACAGAAACACAUGAGGACACAUACAGGUGAUCAACCUUAUAAAUGUAAUGUGUGUGGAAAGGCAUUCAAACGGACAAGUGACUUACAGACACACAUGAGGACACAUACUGGUGAUAAACCUUAUAAAUGUGAUGUGUGUGGGAAAGCAUUUAGUUUCUCACAGAACUUACAGAGUCAAAUGAGGAUACAUACUGGUGAUAAGCCUUAUAAAUGUGAUGUGUGUGUGGGAAGUCAUUCAUCCUAUCGCAGAACUUACAGACUCAUAUGAGGACAAUCUGUAUACGAGGGUCAUUCAAAAAGUUCUUAGACUUUUGUCUUAACUUUUUUAUUUAACAUCAUAUUAUAUCCAAAUUUAAUACAAAUAUUUUAACAACAGAUUCAAAUAAUUUGAGUAAAAAAAAUUAGAAUGUAUCCUCAUAUUUAUGAAAAUUACCAAGGAUUUAUAACAGCAAAAAUGGGGUCACGGAGCACCGUCAAAAUUGAGUAAUUUUCUUAUUUUCACUUCAUAGUAUUUACAGCUAUACCUCUAAUAAAUGGAGCUGAAACGAAAUAAAAUAUAAAUUUUUAAAUAAAGUAUUACUGCAUUAAUUAAAAUGAAAUCAGGUUAUGUAAUAUCUCGUUCCAUUUAAAAGAUAUCAGCUUCUAAAUACAUAUGGACUUGAUUAAAAAAGGCAAAAAAACCUUGACGUUGGAGGACGUCACGGAGCAGCAAGUAGCUUUAAUAUUAGACUUUACAUUCGGGAAACUUUCUACAAGCUUAUUAAAUCCUUAUAAAUCAGGAUCUGUAUGAACAAAAAAUUUGUGUAUUGAAUAAGUUGAAAAUACCAUGUUUGAGUGGUAGCGAGUUUGAAUUGGACGAUGGAUUGUCUGCAAAGAAACAGGUUAAAGUUAAAAUUAUUGUCAAAAGAGUUAAGAACGUCAUUGAACGUGGUGUGUGCUUCAA